AUGCGUCUCCACCUCAUUAUACAACGGCACUGCCUCCCCACCACCCGUGUCCUUUGGACAACCUCCUCGCAUUUCUCUCCCCCUUCCAGUUCUGCCGUAUCUUCCUUCGCGACUGUCUCAUCUUCCACGAUAACAUCAACACGGGCCCCAAAUGCAGGAUUUGGAGCCGGUGCGGCAGCGGCAGCUUCUGGGAGUGGCGGGUUGUCAAUUUCUCAGCUUCUGGAAGAUGUGAAUGAGGUUAUCCCGCUUGAAACACAGGUUGAAGAAGAGUUUGGAAACGGUGGUGGUAUCGGUGGCGGUGUUGGCCAAUGGGGAUUGGAAGAUUACGUAGUGGAGGUUGCUGGGUUUGAGUGCUUGCAUUUUAUGGAGGUAGAUGGACUGUUGAGGGAUGGGGAUGAGGUUGUAAUACGUGCUUUACAACUUAAUGAUCUCAUAGCCAGAAGGCUUACGGGUCGUCAUCAGAUCUCUACUGAUGGAAGGCAUUUAAUUGAUGGUGUUCCCUUUGGGAAGCCUUAUAUUCAGAAAGCGGUACCAUCAAGACCCCCUAUCAUAAUUCCACCACGAAAGAAGAGACGAUUGAACUUUGGCGGGUGGCAGGUUGAUAAUGCCGUCGCGGAGGAUAUAAUCGAUGAAGACUGUGACGAUAAAGAGAAUGAUCCUGAUUGGAAAGAGGAUGGGGACGGGAUUGGGAAAGAACUUGUGCUUGCUGAUGCUGAUGAAGACGAGGAUGAUGACGAUUAUGAGGGUGAAAGUGCGAGUGAAGAAUAUUCUCCCCCGUCUGAAGAAGAGAUUCCCAUAGCGCCUAAAGAACGAAUCAAGGAGCAACCCGUGCCGAAAGCCGGGAACAUGUCCCCCGAUACGCGUGCCUACAAACGGCAAGCUGCGAAGAAAGCCAACCAGCUAAAACAAAUGGAAUCUCCCACCACAGAGCGUAAACUUCAGGGGAUUUUAGAUCGAAAACAGCAAAGUGCACCGGCUGCUUCACCAAAGCGCAAACGCAGCGUCAGCUUCCAGGAUCGACUGAGUUUUCAUUCCAACAUGUCAGCAUCUUCCGGAGGCACAUCGGAGAGUGGUAGUGCCUCUAGUUCUGAUACGGGUGAGUCGAGUGACAAUGACGAAAGAAGCUCCGUUUCUUCCAGUGACUCAGGCUCCAGCGAAACAUCUUCGGAAUCAUCUUCAAGCUCUGUUGGUAGUUCAUCGUCUUCAGGAUCAGAAACUCCCAGCGUCCUCAAUGCGAUUAAAAAGAGAAAGGUCGUGGGAGAGCAAGUGGUAAUUACCCCAAAGACCACUACUGGACCACGGCCACCUGUUCAUCCACCUGGUGCUGGUUCCCGGAGAACGAAAAACACCAAUAAGAGAGCCAAACUGCGACGAAAACUUCAAAAAUUGAAGGAACUUCGAAUUCUACCUAAAGAUGCCAAAUUUGAUGAUUUGCGGAAAUGGUGCGAAGCCAAUCCUGGGCCGUUACCAAGGGGUCUGGAUAAGGAGUCUCCAAACACCCAGGAGAAUUUUGAUGAUGAACAGACGGAAUUUGAGAGGAAACGAGCGGAGCUUUUACGCGAUAUUGCAUUCGGCGGAGUGGAUGAGAGCCCACAACUCACGAAGGAGACCAUUAAAUUGAAUCCACUUGAACCUGUAUCGAAGACCCCUAUGGUUGGAGGAAUUGGUAUGUCCAAACCUACAGAAUCAUCCAAAAGACAGUCAAAAUUGGAUGUGAAAAACUCACGGCAACUCUUAUUUGGCUCACUGGGUGUAAAGAGUCCCAAAUCGAAGGAGGAUGUAAAAGCGUUACGAGAGAUGCUCUCGAAAACUCCUAAGCAAAAAUCAAGGUCCGCCUCCGCGUCAGCUGAAGAAGUUGAUAAAAUCACAAAAAAGGAGGCUGAUUCGGUUGAAAACUGGAAAGAUCGAUUGAUCCUCCAGGCUACGGAAUGUAUUUACGACAAUGUGAAGCUCUCUACGCCCCCUUUCCCGUUUGUGCAGCGAUGGGAUAAAGAUGCCCAAGCGGCAAUCCGUGAAUGUAAAGGAAAUCAACAAAGUAAUAGCAAGAAGAGGAAGCGAAAAACUCAAAAUCACAAAGGUGACUAUUAUGGUCAGGAGUGGGGAAAUGGGGAACCAAGUACCUCAAAUGAGAUCGAGCUAGAUUAUAAAACCAAUGGGCUUGAUGAGAACCAUACCUCAACGAAAGCUAUGGCUGCAGCUGUCGGUGACCAAUUGAAUUAUGAGAUGGCCGGUGUUGAAACCAGUUCACAUGACAUGGGCACGGAUUCAGAUGAACUUCCAGCUCUACCGGAGGAUAUGUCCUUUUUGAAAGAUGCAAGGGACACUGAUAUGAAGCCUGGGGCCAUCAUUGCUUUCAAGCAGCUGGACCUGUCUGGGGCCACGAUGUGGCAGCCAAUGGUAUCCCAAUACCGCACAGCCGUUAUAGAAAAUGUUGUUGGUGGGACUUUGACAUUAAGGCUGGCGCAACGCGAUAGGGAGCAACCUCAGGAGCAUUAUGAUGAUGACGAUCAAGCAACCCAGUACUCCAAAUUUGAGAUGCCUGGCUUUACUGAAAAGAAAGGGAAAGAUAAUGGUUUCAGGGAAAUGCAGUUUGGAGAGUUCAUAGAACCAAAAUUACUCUCCGCGGCACGAGCAGAUAGUACGGUAGGGGUGUCAGAAGUGACGGUGGCGGUGGAGAGGGUAGAGGAGACGCAGAAUCCGCUCUUACCCAAAAAACGAGGCAGCCCCAUUGAACUUCCGCCCCCUGUCCCUGAAGACAUCACGAUUUCCUCACCUACAAGACGUAAUAUAUCAGAUAUGAUUCGAGAGGCUGGGUUCAGAUCAGGGUUCGAUUCAGACAUCCUCCUUCCCGAAGAGACCUUUUUCACUGCACGUGGUUCUACUACUCACAAUGACGCAGCCAAUGAAGACAUGGAAAUGAAUGAAUUUGCCGGGUUUCCUCCCAACGAAGAUUAUGAGCCAUUGCCUCCAAUCCCGCUUGGUACUUCAAGAUCUUUCCCUGAAGAGCAAAUUGUGACCGAAGUUCCAAGUUCGCUCGCUUGGUUGGAAGGACAUACAUCCGAUCCUUCUCUUCUCACACUGGGUUUGAAUUCCGAUCACCAGAAAUCGUCAGCGUUGUCGGAUGGACACCUUCAGUAUCUUGACACCGAUGGCAUACCUAUGCAGGAUUCCCUGACCGCUGCCCCCAAUCCAGUUGCUACGUCCCAACAUAGGUCACAAUUUGAAGAGACACAUAUGGACAUGGGCUUGGAUUCUGAAGUUAAAAGCUCGGAUGACGACCUAGCGAAUAGCAAUAAUAUCCAAAAUCUUAGCCAGGCAUUUCCUGUUUCCGCAGCAGCUGCUUGUAACUCUACCCUACAGUUCUUCCAGGUAGAUCAAGGGGAGCUAAAGCCAGAAAAAUCCUCAGUUCUCAAUGCCCGCAACUGUCAGGAAAGCCACACUGGCAGAUAUCGUCCGGGCUUAGGUGCAGAUUCCGUCAUCACGAAUCCAUUCCAUGAGUCUGACAGGGGCUUCGGUAGAAUGUCUCCGUCCGUACCACGGUUAAUCUCCACAGCUCCGCCACGCACAGCAUCUGCCGUGCAGUUCCCACCCGCAUCUGUCACGAGACGAAACGAACGAAAAGCUCUCGCGCCUCCGCGCCAACGAUCGUCUUCGCCACAUGUGUCACAGAGUAUUGAUGACCGGACGGGCGUCCCAGCCAUCCUUGAGGCUAGCAAGGAGUCGAUGCAACACUCUGAAUAUGAACCACAGUCACAGGCCGCUGCAGUCGCUGCAGAGAGCAGUUACAACAUUGUGGAUUUGACGAUUUCCAGUGACCUCGAUCCCUCGCCUAACCUAGAUGGGGACUUUGCGGUAUCUCAGGGGCUCCCGCAGGGGCCUGGAUGGGUUAAGAAACAGGGUCUUAGGCAUGGACGGGGGCGGGGAGCAGGGAGUAAUCUUGAACAAGCAAGGAGGAGGGGUUUGCGGAGGAGGGGCGUGAUAUAG